GUCAAAAAAUUCAACACACCAGCAGUGUGAGGAGACCUGAAAGUGGCACAUGGCAUGGCAGAGUGUGGCGAUGGAGACAGCAGCAAUGGGAGGCCGUACAGGGACCCAUGACAGACUCUGGACCUGGCAGCAGCAUGAGGAGGCGGUAUAUAGGGGCCCAUGGCAGAUUAGGGGCCUGGCAGCAGCUAUGGGAGGCCCGUAAUCUGCCAGCACCCUAUGUCAAAAAAUUCAACACACCAGCAGUGUGAGGAGACCUGAAAGUGGCACAUGGCAUGAGAGACUGUGGACCUGGCAGCAGCAUGAGGAGGCGGUAUAGGGGCCCAUGGCAGAUUAGGGGCCUGGCAGCAGCUAUG